CACACCCCCAUGUACUUCUUUCUCAGCCAAUUGGCCUUCAAUGAUGUGUGUCUCUCAUCUGUCACUGUCCCUAAAAUGUUGACAAAUUUGCACACUAAUCAGAAGUCUAUUCCCUAUGCAGGAUGCAUUUCCCAGAUAUAUUUUUUAAUAUUGUUUGUUUGUCUUGACAAUUUCCUUCUUGCAGUGAUGGCGUAUGACAGGUAUGUGGCCAUCUGUCAGCCUCUCCACUACACCAUCAUCAUGAGGCAGCAGCUGCGUGUUUCAUUAGUAGCUGCAUCCUGGUUCUUCUCCAGUCUCCACUCUCUGUUGAACACCCUCCUCUUCACACAACUGUCCUUUUGUGGUGACAAUACCAUCCCCCACUUCCUCUGUGAUCUUUCUACACUCCUUAAGAUGAGCUGCUCUGACAUCUCCCUCAAUGAAUUGGUCAUCUUCAUGGAGGGAGGGAUGAUUAUCCUCGUGCCAUUGUGUGGCAUCUUGGGCUCCUAUAUCCGGAUUUGGACCACUGUCCUGAGAGAUCCCUCUGCUAAGAAAUUCUUCAAAGUCCUUUCUACCUGUGGCUCCCAUCUGCUUGUUGUAUCUUUAUACUAUGGGACCAUUGCAGAAGUUUACCUGUUUUCUUCCUCAUCCACCUCCAGUGAUGAAACCAUAAUUGCCUCUGUGAUGUAUAUGGUAGUCACCCCCUUGCUGAACCCUUUCAUCUACAGCCUGAGGAACAAAGACAUGAAACGUGCCCUGGAAACACUUGUGAAUCGGGCUAAGUUCCUUAUGUCAUAAGAUUCAAGAUGAAGCACGGAAGGAGGUGGG